CAUGGAGGUGGUCUCUUCGGUGGCGGUUUUAAUGGUGGCGGAAUCCAUGGUGGAACUCAUGCUGGUAGUGGUAUCAUCGGCAGUGGAAUCUCCAAUGGCCCAAGCCAGUGCAGAUAUUGGUGCAAGACUCCGGAGGGUCAGGCCUACUGCUGCGAGACGGUGCAUGAACCAGAGACACCUGUUGGUACCAAGCCACUCACUUGCCCUCAAGUCCGUCCAACAUGCCCACGUUUCCAUGGGCCCCCCACUACCUGUUCCAACGACUACAAGUGUGCUGGCCUCGAUAAGUGUUGCUUCGACAGGUGUUUGGGAGAACACGUAUGCAAACCACCUUCAUUUUUCAACAAUCACCUCCCCUUUUAAAGGUGGUUAUCGCUAGUAAGGACUCCGGUUUUCCGGUUGAUAACGGAAGAUAGAAAAUCUGUGAUUUGUAGAUAUUUAUUCUUUGAUAAUAAAUCUUUAUAUAUUGAUA